GCUCCAAUAUACACAUUUUUCCUCAGAGGAGAAUAUAUAUACGAGUAGGGGAGGGAAAACAUGGGUUCUCUCAAACUUGCUCUUCUUUGUGGGGUUUUGCUUUGUUUGUUGGUUCAGGUUAGUUUGGCUGCAAAGGUCAGGCAUCACAAAUGGGCAGUAGAGUACUUGUUUUGGUCACCGGACUGUGUGGAGCAUGUGGUGAUGGGCAUCAACGGCCAGUUUCCAGGACCCACGAUCCGGGCCACCGCCGGCGACACCAUUGUUGUGGAACUCACAAACAAGCUAAACACUGAAGGAGUUGUCAUUCACUGGCAUGGAAUCAGACAGCUUGGAACUCCUUGGGCUGAUGGAACUGCAUCCAUUUCUCAAUGUGCUAUCAAUCCAGGAGAUACUUUCAUUUACAGGUUCAAAGUUGACAGGCCAGGAACAUACUUUUAUCAUGGACACUAUGGGAUGCAGAGAUCAGCAGGGUUGUAUGGAUCUCUAAUAGUGGAUCUGGCGGAAGGAAAGAAAGAGCCAUUCCAUUAUGAUGGGGAGCUCAAUUUAUUACUGAGCGACUGGUGGCACCAGAGCGUUCAUGAACAAGAGGUCGGCCUCUCCUCCAACCCAUUCCGCUGGAUUAAUGAAUCCCAGAGUUUGCUAAUCAAUGGAAGAGGGCAAUAUAAUUGUUCAUUAGCAGCCAAGUACAGCAAUUCAUCCUCUGUUCCAGAGUGCAAAUUGAGAGGAAGUGAGCAAUGUGCUCCUCAGAUUCUUCACGUGGAACGCAACAAGACCUACAGGCUGAGGAUUGCCAGCACCACUGCUUUAGCUUCUCUCAAUUUGGCCAUUGGGGGUCACAAACUGGUUGUGGUGGAAGCAGAUGGGAACUACGUACAGCCGUUCGCCGUAGACGACAUGGACAUUUACUCCGGCGAGAGCUACUCCGUUCUGUUGAGGACAGACCAAGAUCCCACGAAGAACUAUUGGCUUUCAGUCGGUGUUAGGGGAAGAGAACCCAAAACCCCUCAAGGCCUCACCAUCCUCAACUACAAACCCACCUCCGCCUCCCACCUCCCUCCCAUUCCGCCGCCUGUCACCCCUCGCUGGAACGACACCGAUCACAGCAAGGCCUUCACCAACAAGACACGGGCGCUCAUGGGCUCCCCAAAGCCACCUACAACUUCCCACCGUCGGAUUGUCCUCCUCAACACCCAGAACAAGUUUGAUGGGUUCACAAAGUGGGCCAUUAAUAACGUCUCCUUGGUCUUGCCCUCCACCCCUUAUUUGGGCUCCAUGAAGUUGGGCCUAAAAGGCACUUAUAAUCAUGCAAGCCCACCGGAGAAAUACGAUGAGAGUUACGACGUGAUGAAUCCGCCGGUGAACCCCAACGCUAAUCAGGGAAAUGGGGUGUACGUUUUCGACUUAAACUCCACCGUCGACGUGAUCCUACAAAACGCCAACACGCUGACCACCGGCGUCAGCGAGAUCCAUCCGUGGCACCUCCACGGGCACGAUUUCUGGGUGCUGGGUUACGGCGACGGGAAGUUCAAGGAGGCCGACGUGAAGAAAUUCAACCUGAAGAAUCCGCCAUUGAAGAACACGGCAGUGAUCUUCCCUUACGGGUGGACAGCGUUGAGGUUCGUGGCAGAUAACCCGGGAGUGUGGGCAUUUCACUGCCACAUUGAGCCGCAUCUGCAUAUGGGCAUGGGGGUAGUGUUCGCCGAAGGAGUGAAGAAAGUGGGUAGAAUCCCUAGUUCCGCUCUCGCCUGCGGCUUGACGGCGAGGAUGGUGGCGAACUGAGAACUCAUCGGAGAGGAUGAUCAACUUGUGUACCCUGCGUUUCUUCACGUUGGAGCGGAAUUUAACUUCUUUUUUUUUUUUUUUCAUAAAGAAAAUAACUAGUAAGUUAGUACUGUGAGAUAAUAGUAAAUAAAGAUUUGAAUCCCAAAUCAGAUAAAUAACUCACCUGCCUCAAUUAAGCGCGUCGGGGUCAGGCCGCUUGGUGGUGUUCGGAAUUUAACUUAUUCUAACCUUCUUUUUUUAAGGGCCAUUUGUUUGCUUUGGGUCAAAGUAUGGGUUAGGUCAAGUAAAAUGUGCUACUUUAUUUCCAUGUGUUGCUCAUGGGUUUGGACCAAAUUUCCUCCUAAUGUAUUGGGCCUCAAAUCUAUGAGUUACUAAUUUAUUAUGCUAGAAAUUAUGGAAGAUUUUAAUUCUAGAAGGGAUUCUCCUCCUCAAUGUUAGGUUUACUCAUUUCUCUGUCACUUUUCUACCAUCCCCAGAGUCAAAUCAAAGAUCAAAGAACUAAAACUUUCCUUUUCACC